ACAUCGACAUUAUUUGGAAUGGAUAUGUCCAAAUCCCCCACAUUCACCUUUAACAGAGAACAAUUAAUUGUUAAACUGGAGAGAAGGUGGGGAGACCCGGAAUCUAUAUGGAAGUAUACCUUAGACUCUUAUAGUGGAACUUGGACAGUAGAACGUUGCAAUAUACUAGUAGCAAAAGAUAGUUUUGCUAGCGGCAGUUUCCGUUUCGCAAAGAAAGCCCUACUAAUAGAAGACGAGGUAUAUGGCUCCCUUCAAGUUGUUAAAAUUCUGAAGGAACAUAUUUCGGCAAACACACCGACUGUAUAUUUUAUUGACGUCAUAAUACAAAGCUUGGCAGAGCUUUUUGCUCAAGAAUUUAACAAAAUAUAUUGUGGCGCCAAAGUAUCUUUUGUUCCUACCUGUGUCGUUGAAUUCACAACCAAAUAUUCUGACUUGAAGUCUUCUCGCUUCGCAGUAAUGGAGCCUCUCUUAGCGUGUCAUAGCGAGAAAUUUCAAAAAUACAACGACAAUCAAGGAGGAUACCAGUCGGAUAGCUAUUCUGCACACGUUGCAAAUGCGUUUAGUCACUUUUCACAUGUUGCCUCAGGUGGAGAACUCGUAAUUUGUGACAUUCAGGGUGUUGGAGAAUAUUACACUGACCCUCAGAUUCAUACUGCUCUUUUGCCUGAAUUUUUGGAAACUUUCCAUUCAUUGCCAGGUUUGAAUAGACAUGGAAAGAUGCCCUUUGACGUUUUUCAAGACUUUUGCUUCUCGAAUAUGUCACUAGGGCUUGGCAAUUUUGGAUGGGAAGGUUUACAGAGAUUUGUAAAAAGUCAUAUCUGCAACUCUGUUUGUGCGGCUUUGGGACUUGAACCUUUCAUCAGGGAAAAUGGCUCUCUUCCGUUUACAUCUUUGCGUUCCGAGUUUCCAGGCCAAUUGAUCCUACAAACAACUUGCAAUUCGUUGAAAACCUCACCAGUGCUAGAAAGAGUGAAGACAACUCUUUAUCGAAGUAUUCUCACGGCUUGGCCGUCAACCUUUUGAAGGCGCAAAUUGUAGAUAUAAACUUC